AUGUCGUUCUCUCAGGAAAGAGACUCCAAGGCAUCUCUUUCCCCCGACUGGUCCGCACGCUUGCGCCCAGUCGCAGGUCCCCCGCUUUCCGCCACCCACAGCCGGGUUACGUCAAGAGCCGCGCGCAUUCCCCCACCCCGCGCCCGUCUCUACCCCACGCCGUGCGCUUCCCCCGCGACAAGGGGGGAUGGGAAGGCGCACGUGUGGCUGCCGUUUCGGCUGGGGAUGGGUCCAGGUGGACUGGGCGGCAUCUCUUGGCAGCAUGUGACUCUGCACGUGGUGCAAGUGGCGGUGGGAUGUGCCACUGGAAUCGGACGGUCAUCCUUGCACGAUCAUGCGCAUCGUAGACAAAGAAGAUCCUCAAGAGUGCCAUCGCAAUCCCCGUCAUCGCCAUACUCGUUACCAGCAACAGAAUCAUCCUCGUUAAUAUCAUCCUCCUUAUUAACGUCUUCAACAACAACACCAGUGGCACCAUCAGCCGUUGCAAAGCUGUUGCAGACAGGAAACGCUGCGGCGCUGCUUCUCGUUUGCCAGGCCCUCUUCCCAGCGUCCUUCUCUGUCGCAACACCCACUCUCGCCCUCCUUCACCUCCUUUCCUCCUCGCCCCUCCUCUCCCCAUUCUCCCGCCUCUUCUCCCCUCUCUCCCGCGCCCUCGCUCCCCUCUUGCGCAUCCUCUCACUCCGCCUCCCCUUGCGUCCUCGCCUGGCCAGCAGCACAGGCGGGGGGACCAGCUUGAGCGGGGGAGGAGGAGGGAUGGGGAUGGGGGAUGCUGAUGGGGAGGAAGGGGAGAAUGAUGGGGAUGUGGAAGAGGAUGGGGGGGAUGAAUUUUGGAAUGGGGGCGAAUCGGACAUCAAUGGGGAGGAGAACACGUAUGCUGAUGAUGGCAAUGGGCAGACGGAGGGGGAAGAAUGGGGGGAGACAAGGGGAGGCGCGGGAGGCGGAGGCGUGUUUGGGAGGGCAGCAGUGGCGGUGGCAGUGGGCGGCGCUAUACUCAAGAGGAUGGCGCCAAGAUUACAUCACACGCUGGUCUGCCUGGGCGCGUCCCUGCCAAUAGCCGUGGAGUAUGAGCGAGUGCGGCACACGCUGGUCUGCCUGGGCGCGUCCCUGCCAAUAGCCGUGGAGUAUGAGCGAGUGCGGCACACGCUGGUCUGCCUGGGCGCGUCCCUGCCAAUAGCCGUGGAGUAUGAGCGAGUGCGGCACACGCUGGUCUGCCUGGGCGCGUCCCUGCCAAUAGCCGUGGAGUAUGAGCGAGUGCGGCACACGCUGGUCUGCCUGGGCGCGUCCCUGCCAAUAGCCGUGGAGUAUGAGCGAGUGCGGCACACGCUGGUCUGCCUGGGCGCGUCCCUGCCAAUAGCCGUGGAGUAUGAGCGAGUGCGGCACACGCUGGUCUGCCUGGGCGCGUCCCUGCCAAUAGCCGUGGAGUAUGAGCGAGUGCGGCACACGCUGGUCUGCCUGGGCGCGUCCCUGCCAAUAGCCGUGGAGUAUGAGCGAGUGCGGCACACGCUGGUCUGCCUGGGCGCGUCCCUGCCAAUAGCCGUGGAGUAUGAGCGAGUGCGGCACACGCUGGUCUGCCUGGGCGCGUCCCUGCCAAUAGCCGUGGAGUAUGAGCGAGUGCGGCACACGCUGGUCUGCCUGGGCGCGUCCCUGCCAAUAGCCGUGGAGUAUGAGCGAGUGCGGAUGCGCGUGGGGAAGGGCCCAGCAGGGGCGUGUGGGAGGGAUGGAGAGGCGGCGUGGAGGAGGGCGCAUAGAAGAGCAGCAAGCCGAGUGGCAAAGCUCAUCAAGACGUACCACGACAUCCCACAGGCUGGUGGCGUCCUGGACCUGACAGAGGCCGCCACUCUGCUGCACUACAGGACAAACAGCGCCGCCCCAUACAUCAUGUCAACGCCCAUCCUCCCGCCGUCAUUGGGGCACAUGGCACGCUCUGAUUGGCCGCUGUCAUGCUGGCAACAUGCCUUUUCUCUCUUCCUUCGGGCUGUCUUUCUCGCUCUCAUCUUCUCCCCCCUCCUCCUCCUCGGCCCCCUCCUGCUGCUGCUGCACCGCAUACUGCCAGACGCACAGGCAGGCGAGGGGGGAAAAGAAGCAGGAGAAGAGACAGGGGAGAGCAAGGGGGUAGUGGCCGCUCGGCAGAAUCAAUCCACGGAAGGUUCCUCAAACAAACCUCCGUCGGAGCAAGCAGCUGCACAGGAAGCUUCCCAAACGGAACCUUCCAUGAAGCAGCGGUGUCGGGACGCCAUCCACCAGCUGCUGCUAUUCGCCCUGCGCCGAGGCGGAGCAGCGUUCAUAAAAUGGGGCCAAUGGGCCUCCACCAGAGAGGACCUCCUCCCCCCCUCCCUCUGCCUCGUCCUCGGGUCCCUCCAAGACCAGGCCCCCACGCACUCCUUCUCGCACACGCGCCGCGCCGUGCGGAAAUACCUCGGGUGCCCGUUGGAGGAUCUGUUUGUGGAGUUUGAGAGGGAGGCGCUGGCGUCGGGGAGUAUAGCGCAGGUGCACCGGGCGAGAGUGAGGGGUGCGUGUGCGCACGUGCCUGAGUGGGUGGUGGUGAAAGUGCGGCAUCCGCGCGUGGGGUUGCGGAUCAAGCAGGAUUUUGAGGUGAUGGCGGGGGUGGCUGCGGUGGUGGAUCGAGUGCCGGGGCUUAAGUGGAUUCGGCUGCAGGAUAGCCUGGAGCAGUUCAGCCACACGAUGAGAGAGCAGGCUGAUCUGAGGGUGGAGGCAUACCACGCCCACCGCCUGUACACCGACUUCUAUCCCGUGAGGGAGCGAGUGGUGAUUGCCCAGGUGCUGCCGCACCUGGUGUCUGAAGGAGUGAUUGUGGAGAGCUUUGAGCGCGGGGAGCCGCUGCACCGGUUUCUGCACUCAAAGGAGAACAACUCGCUCAACACACAGAUAGCAGCAGUGGGAGUAGACGCGUACCUGAAGAUGCUGCUACAGGACAACCAUAUCCACCUGGACCUGCACCCCGGUAACAUCCUGGCUCGCAUGGCGGCACCCCCACCUGCACAAGCAACAGUAGAGGGCAGGCUACAGACGGGCGCGCUACAGCCGGGUGGGCUACAGCAAGAGGGGCAGGCACAGCAGAGCGCACUACAGCUGGUGAUUCUGGACUAUGGGCUGAUGGAGGACCUCUCAGCUCACGUGCGCUCCAACUUCCUUUGCUUCAUCGCCUCCAUCAUGUCCUCCAACGCCAACCAAGCGACCCACUACUUGCUUCAGUUCGCGGCACCGUUCCCCCAGCGCUGCACCAACCGGGAUGCACUAGAGGCUGACAUGCGCGAGCUGUUUGCCAGAGACUGCCAGCUACACCGCCGAUGCAUGGACCUUAAUGACGUGCUUAAAAAGGUUCUCCGAAUAUGCUGGGUGCAUCAUGUCACAGUGCAUUCCUCAUACGCCUCGCUCCUUAUCGCCAUGUGUAUUCUAGUGGGGUUCGGCCAGACGCUCGACCCCGAAAUGUCCAUCUUGGAUGCAGCGGCUCCGUGCUUCUUCCUCUACAAUCUCACAGGCCGCAUUAUUGGCAGAAUAUAUGGCUAG